AUGGUGAUCUCCGACUCCGGUCCGACCGAGAGGUCAGGGUUGGCUCUGAAAUUCCAGGAUAGCCAUGUUCUUGCCGCAAUCAACGAUGGCGGGCGCCCACAAAGUCAACCAAGUGUGGAGGGCGACCAUGAUUCCUGGCGAGUAGAUCCUGCAGCUUCCGUAUUGAUGCCGCCGUCGCCCCUACCUUCUCUGCAGAUUCGCACCGAUUUACCCAGUUCACGUCCUCUCAGCUCGCAUCGUGACUGUGAUACUUUUGCCUCACUGAGCGUCUCUUCUGGCAGCUUCCCGCAGCGUACUCCAAGCUUGCGCGCCCUCAUAGCCCCGCCCAUCUCUAGCGCAGGGUCCUUGUCUCCCGCGUCAUUCAUUUCUUCACCGCAGCUUAACGCGAUGGGUGAUAUUACCCCACUACCUUCUCCUAUCGGCGGGGCGUCACCUUGGCGCCGAGGCGAACACUCGCUGUCGCGCACGUCCUCCACAGCGUCGCGGAGUGGAUCUAGCCUUCGAUUAAGUGACUCGUCGCAAACAUUGGCUCUCCCGCCCUCACGUUCGCACGGGAAGUCAUAUACUGGACUCAACGACCUAGGCGAAGAAUCUCCAAUUGCCAAUCGAAUUCGUUAUGAAACGCCUUCCAAGCACGCUCGCAAUCGCAGUCUCAGUGACUAUGCGCCUCCCGGCCGCACCUCUCUCCCUCGCCCAAUCGCCGUCUCGGGGACUGGUCCUAAUUUCGCACCGUCAUCCAGCACCGACUCAAAGUCGACGGGCCUACAUCGCGAACAAUACUUGGCGGUUCAUCGGGGCAUAGCAUUGCCCUCUGUCCGUCCCCCGAGUCCACCCCGCAGCAGUGGGAGCGGCUACGGUGACAGUGACACGGAACAUGUCAUACCACACCCGCCCCCUCUUUCGUCUUCAGAUGAAAUCUACUCUGUUCGGUCGAUCCGUACCCAGCAAGCGCGCAUUUACCGGAAAUUACGCGUCCUUGGCCAGGGUACAUUCAGUCAAGUGAGCCUGGCAGCGCGCGUUGAACAACCAAUACAGACACCCUUAUCGCCGUCUGCUGAUGGAACAGCCGAUAUGGGUCCGCCUGUAUCUACUCAGAAGUUGGUGGCCGUCAAGGUUAUUGAGCAGGGACCCGCUGGAGGAGCAGACCAGGAACGGUUGGAAGUCUCCCUCAAGCGAGAGGUGGAGAUUUUGAAGUCCGUGAAUCAUCCGUCGUUGGUUCAACUGAAAGCAUUUGGCAGUGACGACAAACGCGCACUUUUGGUUCUUGACUAUUGCCCCGGUGGUGACCUCUUCGAAUAUGCGACCUCCGGGGCUCGGUCCUCAUCACCAAGCCUCAUCCGGCGCAUCUUUGCAGAACUGGUCAGCGCGGUCCGCUAUUUACAUUCCAAUUACAUUGUGCACCGGGAUAUUAAAUUAGAAAAUGUCCUGUUAACCAUGCCAAUUCAUGCUAUGGAGGACGUCAAAGACUGGCGUACCUACGAUCGCGCAGUCGUGACUCUCAGUGAUCUAGGACUGUCACGACGUAUUCCAGAACCUCCCGAAAGCCCGCUUCUCCAGACUCGUUGUGGUAGCGAGGACUAUGCGGCCCCUGAAAUUCUCAUGGGUCAGUCGUACGAUGGUCGUGCCACUGACGCCUGGGCUCUCGGGGUGUUAUUGUAUGCCAUCAUGGAGAACCGCCUGCCUUUUGACGUCCUUCCUGGUACUCGCGGUGAUCCUGCCAAACUCCGCGCUCGUACGCCUCACCGUAUCGCUCGCUGUGAGUGGAGUUGGUAUCGGUAUGCCGACGCGGACGAGGAAUGGGACCCCGAAAAGGGUCGUGACCUGGAAGGCGCUCGGGAUUGCGUGGAGGGUCUUCUGAAACGCAAUACCCGUCGCAAGACACUUGAUGAAAUCGCCGCCAUGCCAUGGGUCCGGGAUGCCAUCGAUGUUCCUGACGGAUUGAAACGAGGCGACAGAGAAGUGCCGUAG